AUGCAGACGCCUGCGAUUGAAAGUGCAGGAAAUGAGAAAGAAGAAGAAGAAAGUUAUUUAGGAAUGAGAGAAAGACUCCAAACAUUUAAUCGCCUCUUACGGUCAUGCGGUAAUGGCGGUAGCAAGUACAGUUCCUACGCCCUACCUGCAUGCCGGGAAAAUGUCCCUGUGAGAGCCUAUUCUCAGGUCCCUGUGGGAGACAGUUCUAAGGUCCCUGUGGGAGCCAAUUAUCAGAUCCCUGUGGGAGCCAAUUCUCAGGUCCCUGUGGGAGCCAAUUCUCAGGUCCCUGUGGUAGCCAAUUCUCAGAUCCCUGUGGUAGCCAAUUCUCAGAUCCCUGUGGGAGCCAAUUCUCUUGUCCCUGUGGCAGCCAAUUCUCAGAUCCCUGUGGUAGCCAAUUCUCAGAUCCCUGUGGUAGCCAAUUCUCAGGUCCCUGUGGGAGCCAAUUCUCAGAUCCCUGUGGCAGCCAAUUCUCAGAUCCCUGUGGGAGCCAAUUCUCAGGUCCCUGUGGUAGCCAAUUCUCAGAUCCCUGUGGUAGCCAACUCUCAGAUCCCUGUGGCAGCCAAUUCUCAGAUCCCUGUGGUAGCCUGUUCCCAGGUCCCUGUGGGAGUCAAUUCUCAGAUCCCUGUGGUAGCCAAUUUACUUGGUCAGCAAGCCGUCAUUAGGGAACGUUCACCCUUCUCUCCAUUCACCCUCCUCUCCGUUCACCCUUUUCUCCAUUCACCCUUCUCUCUGUUCAUCCUUCUCUCCGUUCACCCUUCUCUCCGUUCACCCUUCUCUCCAUUCACCCUCCUCUCCGUUCACCCUUUUCUCCAUUCACCCUUCUCUCAGUUCACCAUUCUCUCCAUUCACCUCCUCUCCGUUCACCCUUCUCUCCGUUCACCAUUCUCUCCAUUCACCCUUCUCUCUGUUCAUCCUUCUCUCAGUUCACCCUUCUCUCCGUUCACCCUUCUCUCCGUUCACCCUUCUCUCAGUUCACCAUUCUCUCCAUUCACCCUUCUCUCCGUUCACCCUUCUCUCUCCGUUCACCAUUCUCUCCGUUCACCCUUCUCUCUGUUCAUCCUUCUCUCAGUUCACCCUUCUCUCCAUUCACUCUUCCCUCAGUUCACCCUUCUCUCCAUUCACCCUCCUCUCCAUUCACCCUUCCCUCAGUUCACCCUUCUCUCCGUUCACCCUUCUCUCCGUUCACCCUUCUCUCAGUUCACCAUUCUCUCCAUUCACCCUUCUCUCCGUUCACCCUUCUCUCCGUUCACCAUUCUCUCCGUUCACCCUUCUCUCCGUUCAUCCUUCUCUCAGUUCACCCUUCUCUCCGUUCACCCUUCUCUCAGUUCACCAUUCUCUCCGUUCACCCUUCUCUCCGUUCACCCUUCUCUCCGUUCACCCUUCUCUCCGUUCACCCUUCUCUCCGUUCACCCUUCUCUCUGUUCAUCCUUCUCUCAGUUCACCCUUCUCUCCAUUCACUCUUCCCUCAGUUCACCCUUCUCUCCAUUCACCCUCCUCUCCAUUCACCCUUCCCUCAGUUCACCCUUCUCUCCGUUCACCCUUCUCUCCGUUCACCCUUCUCUCCGUUCACCCUUCUCUCAGUUCACCCCUCUCUCCGCUCACCCUCCUCUCCGUUCACCCUUCCCUCUGUUCACCCUUCUCUCAGUUCACCCUUCUCUCCGUUCACCCUUCUCUCCGUUCACCCUUCUCUCAGUUCACCCUUCUCUACGUUCACCCUUCUCUCCGUUCACCCUUCCCUCAGUUCACCCUUCUCUCAGUUCACCCUUCUCUCAGUUCACCCUUCACUCCGUUCAUCCUUCCCUCAGUUCAUCCUUCCCUCAGUUCACCAUUAUCUCUGUUCACCAUUCUCUCUGUUCACCCUUCUCUCCGUUCACCCUUCACUCCGUUCAUCCUUCCCUCAGUUCAUCCUUCCCUCAGUUCACCAUUAUCUCCGUUCACCCUUUUCGCUGUCCACCCUUCUCUCCAUUCACCCUUCUCUCCGUUCACCAUUCUCUCUGUUCAUCCUUCUCUCCAUUCAUUCCUCUCUCUGUUCACCCUUCUCUCAGUUCACCCUUCUCUCCGUUCACCCUUCUCUCCAUUCACCCUUCUCUCCGUUCACCCUUCUCUCCAUUCAUUCCUCUCUCUGUUCACUCUUCUCUCCAUUCACCCUUCUCUCCGUUCACCCUUUUCUCCAUUCACCCUUCUCUCAGUUCACCAUUCUCUCCAUUCACCCUUCUCUCCGUUCACCCUUCUCUCCGUUCACCAUUCUCUCUGUUCACCCUUCUCUCUGUUCAUCCUUCUCUCAGUUCACCCUUCUCUCCGUUCACCCUUCUCUCCGUUCACCCUUCUCUCAGUUCACCAUUCUCUCCAUUCACCCUUCUCUCUGUUCACCCUUCUCUCCGUUCACCCUUCUCUCCGUUCAUCCUUCUCUCAGUUCACCCUUCUCUCCAUUCACUCUUCCCUCAGUUCACCCUUCUCUCCAUUCACCCUCCUCUCCAUUCACCCUUCCCUCAGUUCACCCUUCUCUCCGUUCACCCUUCUCUCCGUUCACCCUUCUCUCAGUUCACCAUUCUCUCCAUUCACCCUUCUCUCCGUUCACCCUUCUCUCCGUUCACCAUUCUCUCCGUUCACCCUUCUCUCCGUUCAUCCUUCUCUCUGUUCAUCCUUCUCUCAGUUCACCCUUCUCUCCGUUCACCCUUCUCUCCGUUCACCCUUCUCUCAGUUCACCAUUCUCUCCAUUCACCCUUCUCUCCGUUCACCCUUCUCUCCGUUCACCAUUCUCUCCGUUCACCCUUCUCUCUGUUCAUCCUUCUCUCAUUUCACCCUUCUCUCCAUUCACUCUUCCCUCAGUUCACCCUUCUCUCCAUUCACCCUCCUCUCCAUUCACCCUUCCCUCAGUUCACCCUUCUCUCCGUUCACCCUUCUCUCCGUUCACCCUUCUCUCAGUUCACCCCUCUCUCCGCUCACCCUCCUCUCCGUUCACCCUUCCCUCAGUUCACCCUUCUCUCAGUUCACCCUUCUCUCCGUUCACCCUUCUCUCCGUUCACCCUUCUCUCCGUUCACCCUUCUCUCAGUUCACCCUUCUCUCCGUUCACCCUUCUCUCCGUUCACUCUUCCCUCAGUUCACCCUUCUCUCAGUUCACCCUUCUCUCCGUUCACCCUUCACUCCGUUCAUCCUUCCCUCAGUUCAUCCUUCCCUCAGUUCACCAUUAUCUCUGUUCACCAUUCUCUCUGUUCACCCUUCUCUCCGUUCACCCUUCACUCCGUUCAUCCUUCCCUCAGUUCAUCCUUCCCUCAGUUCACCAUUAUCUCCGUUCACCCUUUUCGCUGUCCACCCUUCUCUCCAUUCACCCUUCUCUCCGUUCACCAUUCUCUCUGUUCAUCCUUCUCUCCAUUCAUUCCUCUCUCUGUUCACCCUUCUCUCAGUUCACCCUUCUCUCCGUUCACCCUUCUCUCCAUUCACCCUUCUCUCCGUUCACCCUUCUCUCCAUUCAUUCCUCUCUCUGUUCACUCUUCUCUCCAUUCACCCUUCUCUCCAUUCACCCUUCUCUCCGUUCACCCUUCUCUCCAUUCACCCUUCUCUCCGUUCACCAUUCUCUCCGUUCACCCUUCUCUCUGUUCACCCUUCUCUCAGUUCACCCUUCUCUCCGCUCACCCUCCUCUCCGUUCGCCCUUCUCUCUGUUCAACCUUCUCUAUGUCACUCUUCUCUCUGUUCACCCCUCUCUCUGUUCACCAUUCUCUCCAUUCAGCCAUCCCUCUGUUCACCCUUCUCUCCAUUCACCCUUCUCUCCGCUCACCCUCCUCUCCGUUCGCCCUUCUCUCUGUUCACCCUUCUCUCUGUUCACCCUCCUCUCUGUUCACCAUUCUCUCAUUUCACCCUUCUCUCCUUAAAAUAA